AUGUCCGACCUAGAUAACGCCAUGUAUCCGCUUUUGUCCUUCAAAUACAACCCGACGAAACCAGCGGCAAAGAACGUUCAGCUGAAUGAGGAUGAUCGCCUUCGUUACCAUGAUGACAAGUUGCGCAUCCAGGCAUUGUCAAUGAACGAGGUGUCCGAGCUGUCCUCUGCCUCGUACCUCGUGUCAGGUUUGCCUGCUGUCGACGUCACGAUGUUAUCAAAUCUUCAAACUGGCCUUUCGGUGUCGGAUGUGAUAGAAACACCACAGCGGGUGAGGGCAGAAGCAGAAGCACAAGCACAAAGAGAAACAGAAGUGUAUUCCACUUCAGGUCCCACUUUGACCAAUUUCCACAUAUUCGGAUACCUGCCCGCAGAGCUUCGCAUCAAAAUCUGGAUUCUGUCCUUCCUGCCGCGUGUUGUCGAGUUACAUCCCACCUGGCCUAACGACGUUGUCGUUCGUGAUGAUGGCCGCCAGCACCAGUGGCAGUCCGGUUGCAACAACCCGGCAGCUCUUUCUGUGUGCUCAGAGGCCCGCGAGAUAGCCCUGGGACACUUUCGCAUCGCCUACCCUCUCAUUUCAAUUACCAAUCAGCGAGACACACUACAACCGUUCACCAGGAGUUCGACUUUGCCAAGCUUCCAAAGCUGA